AUGUAGACUAUUGAAUAUCAUCCAAUUACAAAACUUAUUUUAAAUGGGGACACAAGCCCUGUAAAUGAAGAUGAAUAAAAAUAUGAUCUUCCUCUAAAACGAUUUUCCAAUCCUCAAAUUGCUCUUGAAAUCUCUAAAAAUAAAACAUAAAGAAGAAAGAAAAGCAUAUAGAUUUUCACAGAUGAGCUUAUUACAUGGAAUAAUUAUCUACACCAUAAAUUUUAACAUCCAAAUCAAGUAUCUCAUGGAAAUGGUAUGAUAAUAUGA